UUAAUUUAACCAUUAAUUAAUUUUAUGGAGAAAACAAUAAACACGCAGUGAGACUGAGAGGGACACCGACCUUUUUGGCAUUGCAUUGGUUGAUUAUUGAAUUUGAUUUGAUCAUAUGAACUUGGCAAAUGUUCCAAGCAAGAACAACUACCAACUAGAAAAUUUGGUCUUUGCUCUCAGUGACGUGUAUGCCAUUCUCACUCAAUUCCUUCCUUCCUUUUUCUUCUUUCUUCUCUUCAACUUUCAAACACAAACUUUCUAAAUCAAAAAUCAUAAGUUCCUUUUCAUAUUCUUUGCCACAAUCUCUUACCGUAGUUAAUUCUAACUAACUCUCAACUCAACCAUGCAAGUUUCUUCUUCAUCGAUUAACCCAUGGUUCGGUACUUUCACUUCCAACCGCUUCCGACGCAACUCAUCGGAACCCUGCUCCACCACCACCACCACCUCCGCCGCCACCACAUACUCACGUUCUGUUCAUAAUAACAAUUCUCUCUCAUUUCUCACAUCUCAAACAAACACUUCCUAUUCUUUCACCUCACUUUCAACACGAAAAACCAAAACAACAAGAACAACUAAAGUUUUCACCGUAAAUGCUUUAUUCGAACGAUUCACAGAAAGAUCAAUAAAAACAAUAGUAUAUGCAACAAAAGAAGCUAAAUCAUUCAAAAGUGAUUUUGUUUAUGCACAGCAUAUCAUGCUUGGUCUUAUAGCUGAAGCUGAUGAAACAAAUCGUUCUCAGAAUGGUUUUCUUGAUUCUCCUGUAGUUACUCUUCAGAAAGCUCGUGAUGCUGUUCGUCAUUUGAAUGAUUCAACUGAUUAUGUUGAUGAUGAUGGUCUUUAUGUUUAUGAAGAUAGACCUGUUCCGUUUUCUUUUGGUGCCAAGCGUGUGUUUGAAGCUGCUGCUGAGUAUUCGAAAUCGUUGGGGCAUAAUUUUGUUGAUCCUGAACAUAUUUUUGUUGCUAUAAUUAAAGUUGAUGAUGGAAGUUCUGCUCGAAUUCUUUAUAGACUCGGGACAAACCCAGAUCAGUUGGCAGCUGUGGCGUAUUCCAGAAUACAAAAAGAGCUUGCCAGAGAUGGUAGAGAGCUGGGUUAUCAGUCCAAUGGGAUGCACAACAAAUCUAUUUCAAAAAAGCCCGAUGCAGGAUCUGCCACCAAAACAAAAGAGAAGACUGCUCUAUCACAAUUCUGCGUAGAUCUCACUGCCCGCGCAAGUUUAGGACUAAUUGAUCCAGUUAUUGGCCGAGAAGUUGAAGUUCAGAGAAUUAUUCAAAUACUAUGCCGAAAGUCAAAAAGUAAUCCCAUUCUUCUGGGUGAAGCUGGAGUUGGAAAAACAGCUAUUGCAGAGGGACUGGCAAAUCGUAUUUCUCAGGCAGAUGUUGCUCCCUUUCUAUUGACAAAACGUGUUAUGUCCUUGGAUGUAGCAUCAUUAAUGGCCGGGGCAAAAGAGAGAGGAGAGCUAGAGGAUCGUGUUACAAAAUUAAUAAAAGAAAUAAUAAAGUCAGGUGAUGUCAUUCUUUUCAUUGACGAAGUUCAUACACUUGUUCAAUCAGGGACAACUGGGAAGGGAAAUAAGGGUUCUGGCUUUGAUAUUGCUAAUUUGCUUAAACCUGCACUUGGAAGGGGUCAGUUUCAGUGUAUUGCAUCUACCACAACAGAUGAAUACAGGCUUCAUUUUGAAAAGGAUAAGGCUUUGGCACGACGGUUUCAACCUGUUUGGAUUGAUGAACCGAGUGAGGAUGAUGCAAUCGAGAUACUUAUGGGUAUACGUGAGAAGUAUGAGGCACACCACAAAUGCAGAUAUACAGAAGAUGCCAUAAAGGCUGCGGUUCAUUUGUCUGCAAGAUACAUAGUUGAUAGGUAUCUACCUGAUAAAGCUAUUGACCUCAUAGAUGAAGCAGGAAGUAAAGCUUCUAUUGAAGCCUUUAAGAUGAAAAAAGAACAAAACAAUUACAUACUUUCAAAAAACCCGGAAGAUUAUUGGGGAGAAAUUAGAACUGUUCAGUCCACGCUUAAUAUGGUUCAGGAGAGCAAGCUUAAAUAUUAUGGCGCAUCUGGCAUUGAGGAUACCGGUGAACUCAUACUAGACUCAUAUUUAACUUCUGCAGCAUUUGAUAAUGAACGUAUAGAAGUUCGGCCUGAUCAUAUAGCAGAAGUUGCUUCCCUCUGGUCAGGAAUUCCAGUUAAGCAGCUCACUGCUGAUGAAAGAAGUCUUCUGUUAGAUCUUGAUAAUAAACUUCGGGAACGUGUGAUUGGACAAGAGGAGGCUGUUUCUGCCAUUUCUAGAUCUGUGAAGAGAUCCCGUGUUGGCCUUAAGGAUCCCAGUAGACCAAUAGCAACUUUGCUAUUCUGUGGCCCAACUGGCGUUGGGAAAACAGAACUUGCAAAAUCUUUGGCAGCAUGCUAUUUUGGAUCGGAGACGGACAUGAUACGGUUAGACAUGAGUGAAUAUAUGGAACGCCAUUCAGUGAGCAAGUUGAUAGGAUCUCCCCCAGGAUAUGUUGGUUAUGGAGAAGGGGGCAUUCUAACCGAAGCUAUUAGAAGAAAACCAUUUACAGUGUUAUUGUUGGAUGAAAUAGAGAAAGCCCAUCCAGAUGUAUUCAACAUUCUUCUUCAGUUAUUGGAAGAUGGCCAUCUUACUGAUUCUCAGGGUCGAAGAGUUUCAUUUAAAAAUGCAUUGGUGGUGAUGACUUCAAAUGUGGGGUCUAGUGCCAUUGCUAAGGGUCGACACAACUCCAUAGGUUUCUUCUUUUCAGAUGACAAACCAACAUCAUACAAUGGAUUGAAAUCAAUGGUAAUCGAAGAAUUGAGGACAUAUUUUCGUCCAGAACUGCUCAACAGGAUAGAUGAAGUGGUGGUCUUUCAUCCCCUUGAAAAGCCACAGUUGCUCCAAAUAUUGGAAUUGCUGCUACAAGACUUGAAGAAAAGGGCUUUGCCCCAAGGAAUUGAUUUAGAGGUGUCUGAAUCAGUCAAGGACCUUGUCUGCACGGAAGGCUAUGACACUGCAUAUGGUGCUAGGCCUCUCAGGAGGGCCAUUGUAAAUAUAAUUGAAAACCCAUUGACUGAAGCAUUGCUUGCUGAAAAGUUCAAGAAAGGUGACACCGCCUUCAUUGAUUUGGAUGCCAAUGGUAAUACCCUCGUUAUAAAUCAGCUUGAUCAGAAAGUUAAUUUAUCCGACAUAAGUCAUCUCUGAGCAAUGAACCAUUGUACAGAAGUAGCCUUGGUAGGUGUAUAUAUAUAUAUACAAAUAUAGUCAGUCAUAUACUGAAAAAUGAAAGUUGUUUUGGCUCCUCUUUGUCGUGAUGAGCUUGACAACACGUGAGAUGUCAAAAUGUAACAACACGUUAUUUUAUAGCGUUGUAAAAUGUAUUCAAAUUCAAUUCAUUAAUGAAAGUAUAUAUUACAUCAAA